UGCACCACGCCCCCCCCCCCCCCCCAAAAAAAAGCGGAGAUCUUAUAAAAAGCAAGAGAGAAGCGGAGUUUCCCCGGAGAAAUCCUACUCCAAGUGGUAAUCAGUGAUUCAGUUCGUUCCAGCACCGGUGCGGAUGGUCCCUGGUGCACCGGAUCGUGGUGGCGGAAGGCGAGGUGGGGUCGGAGGCGGUCGGUAUGGCCGGACUGGUGGCCGGAACCCCGUCUGGCAGCCAGUGGGGGAUCGGGGUGCUGGUGGCGGACGCGGCGGCGGGGAGGGUGACAGUGACACCCGUGGUGGGAGGGGUGGCGGAUCGGAAGGUGCGGCGCCUGGUGGGAGUGGCAGAGGCAGGGGCAGGGGAACUGGAUAUGGUGGUGAGGGUUGUUCAUCGAGAUGGGAUCGAGCUGCAGACAAUAGAGGGGAGGAGCUUGAGCCCAUGGCGGCGAAGUCUCAUAGGGGGCAUCGGGAUGGGAUGAACCCAGACAAGCAUGAUAAAGAAGAGGAACCAGAUGUCCCGCUGCCGCAGAAUCCGCAGCAGCAAGAUCAGAUACCCAAGGUAGAAGAGAAGCAACCUCGCCAGCCAGCUGAUCAAAUAGACUUGACAAGCAAGCAAAUCCCUACUUCCGGCUACGGAUGCAAGCACUGUGGCCUGAAGAACCAUACAUCUGAGAAUUGCAAUCGUAGAAUGCACUGUGAGCUGUGUGGUUUGAACAACCAUAUAUCGUUUGAAUGUAAAAGAGAGCCUCUGUGGAACUGUGCCCCUGAACUCUGCGCUGCACAAGUCGAAAACCAAAGCUUCUUCUACAUUGAAGAGCACAUUGACAGUAGAGCCGCUAAGGAAAAAGCCAGUACUGCUAUUAUCUCUGUUGUAAGCGGGUCGGUUACAGCCAAACAAAUUGAGAAUGAGUUUAGAAAUGUGAUUAGUAAUGAGGUAUGGAUAUGGAAGGCUAAGCAAAUAUCUGAAAACAAGUUUUCCGUGAGGUUUCCCAAUGCCAAAAUGGUGCAAGAUUGGGGACACUUUAGAGCCCUGGGCAUGAAGACUGUUGAAGCUGAGAUUGCAAUUAAUCCUUGGUCUCCUAUUGGGGCAAAAGGGGAGCUGCAGCAUGCUUGGUUUAAAGUUUCAGGCAUCCCACCAGAUCAAAGAUCUUUGAGGACAAUCGCCAAAGUUGGAGGAUUAGUGGGAAAAACUCUGGAAAUUGAUGAUAAGACAAGGUAUAGGAAUGAUUAUGUGAGGAUGAAAAUUGCCUGUAGGGAUGUGACUAAGGUUCCAGCAGUGGCUGAAAGUUCACUGGGCUUGUUUAUUUAUGAUUUCUUCUUUGAGAGAGAGAUGGUUGCUCCUCCUCAACAACCUGUCCCUCCUGUGGGAGCUUCUAAGGUGGACAAUUGUGAAACAUGGCGUUUAAGGGGAAACCAAGCAUACACAAAAGGAAGGUUAACUGAGGCUGAGGACUGCUAUACCCAGGGGAUUGAUUCUUUUUCUCGAAAUGAAGGUUCUAGAGAAGCACUAAAGCUGUGCUACAGCAAUCGUGCAGCUACUCGGAUGUCUCUGGGUAAGAUGAGAGAGGCCCUAUCUGAUUGUCGAAAGGCUACUGAUAUUGAUUCCAGCUUUCUCAAGGCACAAGUCAGAGCUGCCAAAUGCCUACUUGCCCUGGGGGAUGUUGAAGAAGCACAAAAGGCUUUUGAGAUGUGUCUGAAGUCUAAUCAUCUGUCAAGCUUGGACCGUAAAAUUGUAAAAGAGGCUUCUGAUGGUCUACAAAAAACUCAGAAAAUAUCUGGUUUUAUUCUUCAAUCCAAGGAGUAUCUUAUAAAGAAGGCAUUUGACAAGAUACCCAGUGCGUUACAAAUGAUCUCUGAUGCUUUGUCCAUAAGUAUUUAUUCAGAUAACUUGAUGGCGAUGAAAGCAGAAGCACUGUUACUGUUGCGGCGAUAUGAUGAGGUAAUUCAGUUUUGCGAAGAAACUCUUUGUCUUGCAGAAAGGAAUAGUGUCUGUUUGUGUCUUGACGAGAAUACGGAAAGCAAUAACUUGGACAACAAUACUUGCUCUGUGAAGUUGUGGCGUCAAUAUCUUAUUGCCAAGUCAUAUUUCUUCCUUGGAAAGCUUGAAGAGGCUCACAAGUUCUUAACAAAGUGUGACCAAGUAAAAGUCAUGGAAUGCAGGUGUGGGAAGCAGUCUCAGGAAUCGAUUUCAUCAUUCUCCAUGACCAUCUCUGAGCUAUUGCGGCUUAAAGCUGCUGGAAAUGAGGCAUUUCAAUCUGGUAAAUAUUUGGAGGCUGUGGAAUAUUAUACCACUGCUUUGAUGAGCAAUGGCGAGUCACUACGCUUUUUAGCAGUUUGCUUUUGUAACCGUGCAGCAGCAUAUCAAGCAAUGGGUCAAAUUUUAGAUGCGAUUGCAGAUUGCUCACUAGCCAUAGCCCUUGAUGCAGAUUAUGCUAAGGCUUUUUCCAGAAGAUCUAGUUUGUAUGAACUUAUAGGGGACUACAAUCAGGCGGCAAAUGAUCUCCGUAGGUUAAUUGCUCUUCUUGAGAAACAACUGCAAGAAGAUAUGUCCAUGUCAUUAGAGAAGACCGAGAGUAUUCGUAACAAUCUGAGUCAAGCUAAGCUUCGGCUUUCUUCUCUGGAGCUGGAUGCCAGAAAAGGGGCUUCAUCAAAUAUGUAUUUGAUAUUAGGAAUCGAACCUUCUUCCUCUUCUGCAGAUAUAAAGAAGGCAUACCACAAAGCAGCACUAAAACAUCAUCCAGACAAGGCUGGUAAAUUUCUUGUCAGAACUGAAAAUAUCAGUGAUGCAGCAUGGAGAGAAAUCACAAAUGAAAUCCGCAGAUAUGCUGAUUAUUUAUUCAAAAUAAUUGGAAAUGCAUAUAAUAGCUUUCAGGCCCUACAAUGAAAAGGGAAAGCUGGGAAGUGGAGCGGGCGGAACAACGGAAGUGAGCAUUUAAUCAUGUGGUGGCACAGCUCAAAGUUCCUACGUGAAAUUUUUUGUGUUCUCUCCAAGUUAGGCCAUUCUAAGUUUGAUUCUCAUUAAAUGACAUACCACAUAGGUAAAAGUGAUGAUAUGAUAUGGAAUUUAAGAAGAAAGAGAAGAAUAGAGUUUUAUGGGGAUGAAAUUUGGCAGUUACCAAGUGCUAUGAAACUGAAAUGAAACUCCGUUGAGAGCAUUUGAGUUUCAUCAACACACAUUCAUCAAUUUCUAUUGAUCACAUGGUAUACUUGAUCAUUAAUAUCAAUCAACAAUUAAAUGUGAUAGCUUAUCUAUGUAACUAUGCGAUGAAACUAUGUAUUGAGAGAAGUGGUUUCAUUCUAGUGUCAAGCUGACAUGGCACUUUUGGUAA